UUCGUUCAUAAAACGGCUACGGGAAAACUUCAUUUUUAGGGUUUCUCAGUACCAGCGGCAAGGAGAAGAAGGCAGGACGAAGAUCAGCCGCCGGUCACAUGGUUCUCAAGUACUGUUCCUAAUCCCCAUAUGUGUAUCCUAUCCCUUAAUAGCUCUUUUCCUAUCGUUUAUUCCCGCGAGCUCGUUUUGAUCGGAUUCGGAAGUAAAGAUUGAUCCUUUCAUUGGGAGCUUGUUUGUUCGUAAUUCUGAUUUCGUUACCAGGGUAGGAACCGGCAGAAGCUAAGCAUUCGAUGGGUUGGUGUUGUUUGAUCGGCAUUUCCUCGGACGAUUUGAUUUGGCUGAGAACUUGGCCAUGGACCCGUUUUUACUUGGUUUUGCUUGCUCUAGAGGACUGAGCUCUGUAGGUUCAGUGGUCAGAAGAUCUACCCAGGGAGAGGCAUUAGAUUUAUCCGUGCUGAUUCUCAGGUUUUCCUCUUUGCCAACUCGAAAUGCAAGAGGUACUUCCACAACAGGUUGAAGCCAUCCAAACUUACAUGGACAGCAGUGUUUAGGAAGCAACAUAAGAAGGACAUUGCCCAAGAGUCAGUGAAGAAGAGGCGUCGUGCUACCAAGAAGCCAUACUCUAGGUCCAUUGUUGGUGCCACCAUGGAGGUUAUCCAGAAGAGGAGAGCAGAGAAGCCUGAAGUUCGUGAUGCCGCCAGGGAAGCUGCUAUCAGAGAAAUCAAGGAGAGGAUCAAGAAGACUAAAGACGAAAAGAAGGCUAAGAAAGCCGAAGUGACCAAGUCCCAGAAGUCGCAACCCAAGGGCGGUGCUUCCAGGAAUGCCCCGGGCAAGGGUCCUAAGCUCGGCGGUGGUGGUGGAAAGCGUUGAACCAUCUCUUUCCUGUUUGCCUUGUUCAGUGUUCUGUUUUGGGAGGGUUGGAGAGGAAUAGAUGACAGCCUUGGUCCGAUUUUUUGUGUGUUUUUGUCAAAAAGUCUGGGUGACUAGAAUACCCAUUUUUGUUCAAUUGGUGUUAUUACCAUCUCGAAUUUUGAGUCAAGUAAGCUCUCUAAUUAUAUUUAUCUCUUGGAUCAUAAGCUCAUGGCCUGUCCUUUGUAUUUG